AUGAAGGGCUUUAGCUCAGGCUCUGCUAUCGUAGGAGGUGGCGGUGGUACCAGAAGCAGUUUUAGCUCUGUCUCUGUCUCCAGAGUUGGAGGAGGAAGAGCCGGAGGUGGAGGAGGCUUCGGAGCUGGUGCUGGCUUCGGCAGCCGAAGUCUCUAUAACCUAGGUGGAAGCAAAAGAAUUUCCUACAGCUCAGUUGGUGGCGGUCUACGGAGUGGAGCCGGUGGUGGAUACGGCUUUGGUGGAGGAGCUGGCUUUGGUUUUGGCUAUGGUCCCGGAUUUGGUGGUCGAGGUGGCCCCGGGUUCCCUGUUUGCCCACCUGGUGGCAUCCACGAAGUGACUGUCAACCAGAGCCUCCUGGCACCCCUCAAGCUGGAUAUUGACCCGGAAAUCCAGAAGGUGCGAACACAGGAGCGGGAGCAGAUCAAGACCCUCAACAACAAAUUUGCCUCCUUCAUCGACAAGGUGCGCUUUUUGGAGCAGCAGAACAAAGUGCUGGAGACCAAGUGGAGCCUCCUCCAAGAGCAAGGUCACACAGUCACCAGGAAGUCCCUUGAGCCCCUUUUUGAAGCCUACAUCACCAACCUCAGACGGCAGCUAGACAGUCUUAUGGGAGAGAGGGGAAGGUUGGACUCUGAACUGAGGAACAUGCAGGACAUGGUGGAAGACUUUAAGAACAAAUAUGAAGAUGAGAUCAACCGGCGCACUGGUGCAGAGAACGAGUUCGUGGUCCUCAAGAAGGAUGUGGAUGGCGCUUAUAUGAACAAGGUUGAGCUGCAGGCCAAAGCAGAUGGACUGGCAGAUGAAAUUAACUUCCUGAGAGCUCUCUACGAAGCGGAAUUGUCCCAGAUGCAGCAGCAAGUAUCCGACACCUCCGUGGUCCUGUCCAUGGACAACAACCGUAACUUGGACCUCAACAGUAUCAUUGCAGAGGUCAAAGCGCAGUACGAGGACAUCGCCAACCGGAGCCGGGCUGAGGCUGAGGCUUGGUACCAAAACAAGUACGAGGAACUCCAGGUCUCUGCCGGGCGGCAUGGUGAUGACCUGCGUAACACCAAGAUAGAAAUUUCGGAGAUCAACCGGAUGGUGCAGAGGCUGCGGAAUGAGAUCGAGAGCGUGAAGAAACAGUGUGCCAACCUCCAAGCAGCCAUCGCUGAGGCGGAGGAGCGUGGGGAGCUGGCCCUCAAGGAUGCCAAGGCCAAACUGGCUGAGCUGGAGGAUGCUCUGCAGAAGGCGAAGGCCGACCUGGCCCGGCAGCUCCGCGAGUACCAGGAGCUCAUGAACGUCAAGCUGGCCCUGGACAUCGAGAUCGCGACCUACAGGAAGCUGCUGGAGGGCGAGGAGAGCAGGCUUGCCGGAGAGGGAGUCGGAGCCGUGAGUGUCUCCGUGGUCAGCAGCUCGAGUGGGAUGGGCUACGGCGGUGGCAGCUGCCUGGGCAUGGGCGGAGGUCUCGGCAUGGGAGGCGGCA